UUCUAGGGAGUGGAAUCACCCGCUAGGCUCCGGAGGGGCGGUACCCAGCCCGGAAGAACCCUGCGGCGGCACAGAAGUGCCGGCAGGGGGCGCGGGCUGCCGGGCCACCCCCGGGGCUAAAGGCCGGUGGUCCCUCCCAGGUCUGGUGUGCGGCGUGGCCGCGCCGCCCGAGCCCCUGCCCCCCCACUCUCACCUCGUCACCUCCCCGCCCAGUCGGCGGGCCUCUGAGGUGCGCGGCGCAGGCGCGGAGCGAGGUGGUAUUUUUUGCCAUCUGUGAAAAUUUCCCUGUAGUUCAUUUCUCCUCACUACAGUGUUAAGAAUUAUACCAAAUUGCAAAGAUAUGAAUGAAUAUCCUAAAAAAAGAAAAAGGAAGACAUUACACCCUUCUCGUUACUCAGAUUCCUCUGGAAUAAGCAGAAUUGCAGAUGGAUUCAAUGGAAUUUUUUCUGAUCAUUGUUAUAGUGUUUGUUCUAUGAGACAACCGGACUUGAAAUACUUUGACAGCAAAGAUGAUGAUUCUGAUACAGAGACAUCAAAUGACUUGCCAAAAUUUACAGAUGGAAUCAAGGCCAGAAAUAGAAAUCAAAACUACCUGGUUCCCAGUCCUGUACUUCGAAUUCUAGACCACACUGCCUUUUCUACAGAAAAAUCUGCUGAUAUUGAAAUUUGUGAUGAUGAGUGUGACUCACCUGAGUCAGUCAACCAACAGACUCAAGAGGAAAAUCCUAUAGAAGUUCACACUGCUGAAGAUGUUCCAAUUGCUGCAGAAGUACAUGCAAUUUCUGAAGAUUAUGAUAUAGAGACAGAAAACAAUUCCUCAGAAAGUCUUCAAGACCAAACUGAUGAGGAGCCACCAUCUAAACUUUGCAAAAUUCUUGACAAGAGCCAAGCUCUGAAUGUGACUGCCCAACAGAAGUGGCCUUUACUGAGAGCCAAUAGCAGCGGUCUCUAUAAGUGUGAACUUUGUGAGUUCAACAGCAAAUAUUUUUCUGAUUUAAAGCAGCAUAUGAUCCUGAAGCAUAAGCGUACUGAUUCAAAUGUGUGUCGAGUAUGCAAGGAAAGUUUCUCUACCAACAUGCUUUUGAUCGAACAUGCCAAACUGCAUGAAGAGGAUCCCUACAUUUGUAAAUACUGUGAUUAUAAAACAGUGAUUUUUGAGAACCUCAGCCAGCACAUUGCAGACACCCAUUUUAGUGACCACCUCUAUUGGUGUGAGCAGUGCGAUGUACAGUUCUCCUCAAGCAGUGAACUCUACCUACAUUUCCAGGAGCACAGCUGUGAUGAACAGUACUUGUGUCAGUUUUGUGAACAUGAAACAAAUGAUCCAGAAGACUUGCAUAGCCAUGUGGUAAAUGAACAUGCAUGUAAAUUAAUUGAGUUGAGUGAUAAGUAUAACAAUGGAGAACAUGGACAGUACAGCCUCUUAAGCAAAAUUACCUUUGACAAAUGUAAAAACUUCUUUGUGUGUCAAGUAUGUGGUUUUAGGAGUAGACUUCAUACAAAUGUUAACAGGCAUGUUGCUAUUGAACAUACUAAAAUUUUUCCUCAUGUUUGUGAUGACUGUGGGAAAGGCUUUUCAAGUAUGCUAGAAUAUUGCAAACAUUUAAAUUCACAUUUAUCUGAAGGGAUUUAUUUAUGUCAAUACUGUGAAUAUUCAACAGGACAAAUUGAAGAUCUUAAAAUUCAUCUAGAUUUCAAGCAUUCAGCUGAUUUACCUCAUAAAUGUAGUGACUGCUUGAUGAGGUUUGGAAAUGAAAGGGAAUUAAUAAGUCACCUUCCAGUCCACGAGACGACUUGAUUAUCCUGUCAUAAUGUUAAUGUAAAAUAAUAAAUUUGACUUUUUUGGAGAUGUUAAAAUGGAUGAUUUUAAACAUAACUUAUGAGAAUUGCUUUUAACAAGUAAGUUUUUUAAUUGUCCAAUUUUCUUGGCAUUGCUACAUUUUUCAGUAUAUAAUGGUAUCCUAAAUGUGUUAUUUUCAGUGCAUGAUAGUUUAAACUACUCUUGGUGUCUGUCAUCUUGUUUCUUACAGAACCUCUGAUUUCAUGAAUUGAUGAGAAACAGAUGUACUAAAGAAACUAGACUACACUUUUCCUUUUGUAACCAUGGGUGCUAUUAACUUUUUUAAACUCAGGACAAACUCAGUUUUUCAUCUUUGAAGUCAUCAAAGUACUGCGUUAUCAGAACUUAAAUACAAUGUACCAUACAAUUAAGUCCACUGAUAUUUCCAUUUAUAAGAACCCAAACCCUCCCAGAUAAUCCCCAUUAGGAAUUAUCUCCCAAGACUCAGUGGACUCUCCAUCUGUAUUAUUCUUUUUUAACAACACUAGGAAGCAAGUGUUACAGUAGGAAGGGAAGAUCCAGUUUUGUUGAUGGUCUUUUUUUUUUUAAUUCUCAUUCUAUUUUAGCCCCUAUCUAUGAGUUAAAUGAUUUUAAAAUGGGACUGAGGAGGAACUGGUAAGGGGUUAGACAAUAAAAAGUAACAUUUAAUAGCUCAACAUUUUCACAAUUCAUUUUCAGUUAUGUAACAGAGAAGUAAGCUCAAACUGCUGAUGAUAAAUCAUUUAUUGACUGAGAAAACCCACUGAAGUAUUAAUCUGGAAUUACGAAGAUCUGGAAGAUGAGGGGUUCUGGCUUUCUUCUUGGCUUGUAGAUGGCCAUCUUCAUUCACAUGGUGUUCUUCUCGUAUGCAAGUCUAUUUCUCAAACUCCCCUUUUUUAUAAGGUCACUGGAUUAGAGCUAACCUUAAUGACCUUCUUUUAAUCUACUAAAGAUCCAAUCCCCAAAUAAGGUCAUAUUUUGAGGUACUGGAGCUCAGGACUUCAACAUUUGAA